AAUAUGUUCAGCUCUCUCUACAUGCUGAGAACGAAGCUAAUUUAAUUAAAAAUCAUGCUGGUAUUUCGAUUAACGUUUUCUCAUUGGAUUAAUUAACAAUGUUACUUGGCAAAUGAAUAUUUAACAGGAUGCAUCCAGAUCGGAUAUUUUUCCAACUUUUCACGAUCCUUACUUUCACAAGCUUGGUAUACACUAAACAAGUUGAUACCCGUAACGAAGACGACGAUAUCAUUAGUGAGGCAAUAACAAAAAAAAGAGAUGAUGUCGAAAAGAAUAGCGGUUACAUAUCACAGGGUAAUAAUGCUGGUGUGGAGGUGUAUUCUCAAAAUAAUAUUGGAAAGGCGGACGCUGCAAGUAUCGUAGGUGAUGUGAACAAGUAUGGCUUAUGGGAAUAUACAACAGAUAACACUGAAAUGGGAGAACAAAUUAAUUCGUUGAUGAAAAAAGUUCAAAAUGUUGAUGUAGCAUCCGAGAUGCGAUCUCACGCUCUAGAGAAACAAGCUAAUAAAAUGAAUGCAGAGAUAAAUAAGUACGCUGAAUCAAAUAACCCUUCUCCCACUGUCGAUCCUUUGGAAACUCCAGAUGGAUAUAGUCCUACAGCUCAUUCUAUAUCAUACGCAGGACCUGACAUGUCACCUAUUGCUAAUCACGACACUGAAAAUAAUAUUGAUGUUGUAACAAUACCAAAUGCUAUGACAAUCGAAGACGAACACGGUAACAAUAUUGACUCAAUUAAGGCAAAGCCGAUAAAAAGUUUUGCUAAUGUGGAACCAACAAAACCUGUUUCCACGAAAGACGUAAAUGACUUUCCGUCACAUAGUAUUGUAAUCAAUCAACCAACAUCAAAAUUGUUGCACCGUCGACCAUUAUCACCCACCACAGGCUUAACGUUGAAAUUACUUAAAGCGUUGAAGACCAGUAAAAUAUUCAGAACAAAUGCUGCAAAAUUGUUAGCCAGUCCAUCUGACACAGACAACGAAGUAUUUAAGAAACAAAAAAAGCUUGCAGCGUUUUUGAAAGCUUAUGAUAAAGCUUAUUCAAAGGAUACUGAUAAUAAUGGCAAAUCUGAAGGGAUCAGUGAGUCAGUGGAACAUAUAAAACAACAUUCACGAAAUUCCAUGCAAACUUCUCCGAUAUCGAAUAAGAAUGACGUUAAACUUCUCAAUGUGAUAAAGAGUUUAAUGAAGGGCGAUAAUAGAAGCAGUCAAAGGGACGAACUUCACGAUCUUUUGGCAGCCUUAAAAUCUUCGGAAAAUAAAGCAGCAAAAAUGGAAGCAGAAUUCACUGACACCCCAAGUACUUCAACAUCCGAACAUGCAUCUAUGUCUGAUCCUUAUUUACAGCAUUUUAAGGAAUUCGUUCAGCAACACAAACAUUCGGCAAAUCAUCGUGCAGAAGAGGAUGCUGAUCAUCCAUUGGGAAGUGCUGCCAGUCCUUUAAUGGGAUAUCUGGAACAAGAAACAGCUGCUGUGAACAACAUUAAGGAACCUGCUGACAGUCCCAAGGAUGAUUUAAAGAGACUUGAACAGAUGAUGAUAAAAAUGAAGAAGAAUGACGAAGAACUACGCAAACAACAUGAGGCUGAAAUGGUGGAGCAAUUUAAAAAGCUCUUAAAGGAAGGAGUAGAGAAUAAAAAAGAAAAUGAAAAAAUUGCAGAAAAUAAUGGUGACGAAGGCAAACCAAUUGCAUCUUCCGAUAAAAAGGAGGAUAAUUUUGGAGAAAAUGUUUAUAACGUGGUGAAGAACGGUAAAGAAUAUCAAAAUUUUAUUGCUUCUCAUGGCACAAAAGAAACAGAGUCUAAAGCAGAAGAAGCAAAAGAUACAACUAAGGAUGAAAAGGCAAAUUCAGCUGGAAAUGACGAUGGAGAGGAAUUUAAGUCAAUUGAUAAUCAACUAAAAGAGAUCGAAAUGCAGCGUGAAUUGUUAAAAAUAAAAGAAGAAAAGCUGAAAAUGAUGAAUGAGGAACGCCAAGGCAGUGCAGAAAGUGGUUCAAAGCAAAACAAUACAAAAAGUGCGCAAAAACCGAAAGGAAAUGAAAAGGAAACCGUUGAAGAAAAAGUGGAUCACUUACUGCACUUAGCUACACCUAAACUGAAAAAACCGGACGAAGAUUCAUCCAAAGAAAAGGCAGUGAAGGAAAAAGAAAAGCAAAGUGAGCCUGAGGACGGUAAGGCGAGCAAAGAAACACCAAAGGAAAAUGCAAAAGAAAAAGAAUUAGUUGAAAAGUCAGAUAAAUCAGCGAAAGCGUCACAUGAUUUACAAAACGAAGAACAAUUUAAGAUUGUUGACGCUCAUGAUGCCCAUGAGAAUGCUGAUCUGCAUUCGACUGUCAGCGUUGAAAAUAAAGAAGAGGUUUCAAACAAAACUUCUGGUGAUUUUGACAGACCGUCAAGAAACGGUUUACUGCGAUAUCAGAAGGAAUCAGAAAAAUUAGGACUGCCAAUAACCAAUCCUGCGCCCAAAGAUGACAACAGUAUGGAGCCACACCCUCAUUUCCAUCACACUUUCCAUAGUUUUGAUGGAUCAGGCCACUCGCCGUCAAAAGCUCCAUUAAAUUUUAUUUCACCAAUCCACUCUCCACUAAGAGAAGCCAUGGAUACAAAAAGAGAGCAUGGAAAACCAAGAGGUCCGACAAUACUAGAUUCUAUUGAUGAAAUGCCGCCAGCUGGAAUGGGAAAACCAACUGUUCAAGAUGGUAGCAAUGCCCAUCAUGUCUAUCCCAUACAGGAGCCUUCUCCUUUGGUGUCUUACCAUAACGAUUCUGACCAUCACGCAGUACUAACAGACGAUAAAACCAAUGACGGAGUUCCCAAUACGAUCUCUAAUUUAUUAAAACAUAAAACAAUUCCUUCUACUAUUGCUGAAAUAGAUAUUCAAGCAGAUUCUAACGAAGUAAAUGUUACACCAUACGCCAGAAUUAUAAAACCGAAAUCAUCUAAACUGAUUGAUGUUGUGGCAACAAAGAAAGGAUUUGGUAAACGUCCCAAAAAACCAAAAUCGUAUUUACUGAAAGAAUUACGACAAAAGUUAAGAAUGCUAGCUUUAAAGAGACAUUUAACAAACCAGUUCCUAAAACAAUGGAAACGUAUGAAUGGAUCUGGCAAUGAAAAUAGUACAUUUCACAAUGCUACCUUCAAACGCUUAUUGUUGCCAAUUUACAGGAAACACAAACACCAUAUAAAGAACAGUAGUAUUCUUGUACCCGUGUCAACGUCCAAUAAAAUAAUCACUAUAAAUCACACGAAUACAAGUCUAUCUGACUCGAAUGUAAUCAUACCUGGCUCAGUAAAUAAAAAGGUACAAAGCAAAGUGAAUUUGUUCGAGUCGUCUUAUGAAGGAGUUAAUCCAGCCGAUAUAACAAGAUCAGUCAUGCCGAAAGUGAAAAAUACAACAACUUACCACCGUUCUAUUGAAGAUGUAUUUAAUAUACUUAGCUCUGAAGAUCAAAUUAGUAAAAGAGCUAUCAUUUCCAACCAAACCCGUGGCAGAAGAUAACGAAGAAAAAUUGUUUUGAAAAACACGGAAUUAAUUUAUUUAUUUCUGGCCAUGAAAGGGACAAUUUUACCUGAUUGGAAUAAGAUAUUAAGGCGCUGUGUCACAUACAAGAACUACCAAGAAAUAGGACGAUCGUCGCUUUUGCAUAUUUCGGUAUCUUAAAUCUGUUAUCAUACAACAAUAUAUAAAUCAAGAAACUCUGACAUUAUAGUUAAA